CGGGGCUGGGACCGCCCCUUCAGCCCCACGCCCCUUUUUAGGUCCGGGGGUUAAACUCUACUCAGUGCAUGCAGCAACAGAAUGUGCUCUUGGACGUGGCUGCCUGGAAGGGCUGCUAUCUCUCGCCUCUUUGAAGGCGCCCAUGUCGAGGGUUACCCCCUCCAGGGAGCUGGUUCCUAGUUAAGAAUAUCAGAAUGUGUACGCAGAGAGGCAGGCAACAGCACGAACAGCCACGCUUCUAGAAUGUUCUAGGGAGCGCGCAGGAGCAGCGCAGAGGGAGUAGGAAGGGGCAAGCGGAGGACCCGGGGUCACGAGACCGUUGGGUGGGAGGAGCCAGCGGUCGGGGAGGUUCUAGUCUGUUCUGCCUCGCGGCAGACGCCCCCUUCUGCGCGGUCACGCCGAGCCAGCGCCUCGGCCUGGAAGCGGGUCGCAGACCCUUAGUUUCUCCCACCGCCUGACGACCAUGGACCCCCGAAAAGUGAACGAGCUUCGGGCCUUUGUGAAGAUGUGUAAGCAGGAUCCAAGCGUUCUGCACACAGAAGAAAUGCGCUUCCUGAGGGAAUGGGUGGAGAGUAUGGGGGGUAAAAUACCACCUGCUACUCAGAAAGCUAAAUCAGAAGAAAAUACCAAGGAAGAAAAACCUGAUAGUAAGAAGGUAGAGGAAGAUUUAAAGGCAGACGAACCAUCAAGUGAGGAAAGUGAUCUAGAAAUUGAUAAUGAAGGUGUGAUUGAACCAGACACUGACACCCCUCAAGAAAUGGGAGAUGAAAAUGCAGAGAUAACAGAGGAGAUGAUAGAUCAGGCAAAUGAUAAGAAAGUGGCUGCUAUUGAAGCCCUAAAUGAUGGUGAAUUGCAGAAAGCCAUUGACUUAUUCACAGAUGCCAUCAAGCUGAAUCCUCGCUUGGCCAUUUUGUAUGCCAAGAGGGCCAGUGUCUUCGUCAAAUUACAGAAGCCAAAUGCUGCCAUCCGAGACUGUGACAGAGCCAUUGAAAUAAAUCCUGAUUCAGCUCAGCCUUACAAGUGGCGAGGGAAAGCACACAGACUUCUGGGCCACUGGGAAGAAGCAGCCCAUGAUCUUGCCCUUGCCUGUAAACUGGAUUAUGAUGAAGAUGCGAGUGCAAUGCUGAAAGAAGUGCAACCUAGGGCACAGAAAAUUGCAGAACAUCGGAGAAAGUAUGAGCGAAAACGUGAAGAGCGAGAGAUCAAAGAAAGAAUAGAAAGAGUUAAGAAGGCUCGAGAAGAGCAUGAGAGAGCCCAGAGGGAGGAAGAAGCCAGACGACAGUCAGGAGCUCAGUAUGGCUCUUUUCCAGGUGGCUUUCCUGGGGGAAUGCCUGGUGGUUUUCCUGGAGGAAUGCCCGGAAUGGGAGGGGGCAUGCCUGGAAUGGCCGGAAUGCCUGGACUCAAUGAAAUUCUUAGUGAUCCAGAGGUUCUUGCAGCCAUGCAGGAUCCAGAAGUUAUGGUGGCCUUCCAGGAUGUGGCUCAGAACCCAGCAAAUAUGUCAAAAUACCAGAGCAACCCAAAGGUUAUGAAUCUUAUCAGCAAAUUGUCAGCCAAAUUUGGAGGUCAAGCAUAAUGCCCUUCUGAUAAAUAAAGCCUUUGCUGAAGGAAAAGCAACCUAAAUCACCUUAUGGAUGUCGCAAUAAUACAAACCAAUGUACCUCUGACCCUCUCAUCAAGAGAGCUGGGGUGCUUUGAAGAUAAUCCCUACUCCUCUCCCCCAAAUGCAGCUGAAGCAUUUUACAGUGGUUUGCCAUUAGGGUAUUCAUUCAGAUAAUGUUUUCCUACUAGGAAUUACAAACUUUAAACACUUUUUAACUUUAAAAAUAUUUAAAACAAAUUUAAAGGGUCUGUUAAUUCUUAUGUUUUUCUUUACUACUCAUUUUGGAUUUUUUUUUUCUUUGAAUUAUUGGGCAGGGAAGAUACUGAAUGUAUAGAAGAUUUUUGCUCUAAUUUGAGUGAAAUAAAAGUUUAUUAGUGCGAGGCAAACAUAA